AUGACGGCUUUCGAUGACCCGGGUGAUGUGGAGGAAGCGCGGCGGGUGGAGCCGCAGGAGCAGAGGUUGUGGGUUUCGGGGGUGUUUUGGAUGGGGGAUGUGAUUAGGUGGGUGGAUGAGUUUGGGUUGACGAUCAGGGAGAAGGUCGUCGAUGCUGGGGAUCGGCAGGGAAGGAAGGAGGCUUGUGAGGCUUUUGAGGAGUUUCGUCCGUCUGAGAGUGUGUGGUGGACGGAGGCGAGGAGGGUGGGGGGGUAUGCUGGGGAUGAGUGGGGACGGUGA